CAUUAGUGCAUCUUUGUGCCUCGUUUUUCUUUCUCUUCGUUGGAUACAACUGCUACUCUUUGGGAUUUCUUUUAGUAUGUGUUCUUCACGAGGGGGAGUGGAUCGAUCAUGGCGGCUGCCAAGGAGCGAGGUCGCGCGCGCCUGGAUUCGUCGCUCAUGUCGCCAGCCCUCUCGCAGCGAGCUGGAAUCGUCCAGAUCGUGCGGGAUCAGCUAAGCGCGAGCCCGGCACUGGACAAGCACUACCAUGCCUGGUCCCAGGAGACGAUCGACAAGGUCGCCGAGAAGCGAGCGACGGAGAUUUCUACGUUUUUGGAUGCGCUGAGAAGCGCUCGCCAGGAGCUCCUAGACAACGAAGAGACGCCAUUCUCAUGGAAGAUCAAGGAGGAAACGGAUGUUAUGCGUGUUAUGUAUCGGCCAGGCCCAGAAGGCAUGCCAUUCCACACUUAUUGUGUUGAAGGCAUUGUGAAUGGACCCAUGAUGAAUGCUAUCUGUGUGGCUUGGGAAGCUCCAGCGUUUUAUACAUGGUGGCCGCAGUUUAACAUGCCGACGUUCAAAGUUGUGGAAUCCAAAUGCGUGAAGAGAAUUCGCGUCGGCGAGGAUCUGUGUCAUAUAAGAGUCAAGGUACCGUGGCCUCUGGCGCAACGGGAGGUUCUCAUGACCGAGUUUGAGCUGGAGUACUUUGAGGACGACGUUGUGAUUGUUACUUUUGGCACGGCUCCUUCAGAUCCAGACGAAGGUGAAGAGGAGAUUUAUGGAUUCUCUGCGGACGAAUUACCCCCUGCCACACAGGAUGUCGUUCGCAUGGAAAUUUCAGGUGGAUUUAUGCUGCAAAAGAUGACCAACGAGCAGAGCUUCUUCAGGACGUUGGUCAAUAUGGAUAUAAAGCUCGACUUUGUUCCACCUUGGGUGAUCAACUUCAUCACACGGCAGCUCGUUGGCAGUGGCUACAAACUUUAUCAAAAGGCCGUGCUAUCUGCAAGCCAGCAUAAAGUCUUCCAAAAGCUCAUGGCUUCGGAGCCUUUGUACCAUCGCAUCAAGGACGGCAUGAAACGAUCAGAGAAGAAGCAAAUGGAGACCAAGAGAAUCACCGCUGACACUGCCACUGACAAAAUCGAAGAAGUAAAGGAAGCAGCUUCGACAUCACAAGAGCUGGUAGAGCGAUUUCGUGCGGAGAAACUCCAAGCCCCCGACCGGCAAGAGGUCAUCCACAUCGACUCAGAGGUGGAGCGUGCAUUGCAAGUUCUAGACAAGAUCAUCGAGCUCGUGGAGGACAUGAAGUCACAGACAGCGUCCUCGGAAGCGGCGACAGCAUCGACGAGCGCAUUAGAAAACGGCGACGUGGCGAAAUCGUCACUGCUCAAGAACGCCAAGAAAAAUCUCGCCAGUGACACUAGCUGCUUUGGCUCUGGAAGAAGGCCACUUCUCCAAGCAACGAGACAACAGACAUCCAAGCUAGCGUUGCUCAAAGAUAUUUUAAGGGGAAAAUAUAAAGGGAGGGAUGGGAUUUCCCGUUAAAAUCUUUAAACUA